CCCACUUCUCCACCCCUUCGAUUCCGCACCAAACAAACCCAGACUCUCUCUCUCUCUCUCUCUCUCUCUCUCUCUCUCCGUAUACAUCCACAGAGACAGUUCUACAUCGAUUUAUCGAAGUUUAUACCUCAUCGGAACCAGACCGACAAGCUGUUUUCGAACUAUCAUUCCGUUUGUUCCUCCAGGAGGUUUAUAGAUACAAUAUAUACCUUAUCCGAUCCGAACCAAACAGGAAUUUUUCGAUGGCGUCGACUCUGAUUUCGAAUCCUAUGACGACCACAGACAGAUCGCGCGAAUCAUCAAAGCGUAGAAAGAAGAAGAAAGCCCUGACCACCACCACAACCGAACCUCAACAAAACCCCAACCAAUGGAAAUCCGAGGCCCAACAGCAAGUGUACUCUUCAAGACUCCUGACGGCCCUCCGCCAGGUCCGGCUCGGGUCUCCCCCCUCUGCCCCGCGACGUGGCCGGGCCGUUCGCGAGGCCGCGGACCGAGUGCUGGCCGUGACUGCCAAGGGGAGAACCCGGUGGAGCCGGGCCAUAUUGAAGAACCGGCUCAAGGUUAAGUUCUUGAAGAGUAAAAGGCAGAGAGUGAGGGUGACUGGUAAUAGCCGGUUGGAGAAGAAGCCGAAAGUUAGUGUCUUGAGGUUGAAGGCCAAGAACUUACCGGCUGUGCAGAGGAAGGUUAAGGUUCUCGGCCGGUUGGUUCCCGGUUGCCGGAAAGAGGCGUUACCGGUGAUUUUGGAAGAAGCAACGGAUUAUAUUGCUGCCUUGGAGAUGCAGGUUAGAGCCAUGAGCGCUCUCGCUGAGCUGGCCGAGCUGCUAUCUGGAGCUGGCUCUUCUAGCAGCUCGGCUGAGAGUCAACAACGGUAAGGUUGUCCCAAUAUGACCUGACCUGACCUGGUGGUCACAGGCUUGAAUGGUCAAAACAAAAUGCUCCUCUUGCGGGUUAAGACGGCCUACAUUCGAUAUUGCUUCAGAUUAGCGGGAGGCUCGUGCAGUGGGUAGCUCUUCUUUUAAUUUUUCAUUUUUUCCCCUCUCUAUGAAGAAUUCUCUGUUAAAUACCAUCUGUCUUGUUUUCUCUUUGGGUUCAUUUUUAAAUGGUAGUUUCAUAUCCUAUGGAAGAUAAAACCAUUUUGAAUAACGUGGGUGAGACGUAAAGAAUCCUUUUUUUUCUCCCCUCUUCCUUCAUUGGAUCGAGAAUUUGUUGAGAGAUAUGUUAAGAGGGAAGAGGUAAGUUCAAGAAUUAUUUACCUUAAAUUGUAAAGAGAAAUUCCUUAUUUUUCUUA